AUGCCCAUACCUAUAAUCCACUGGUUCUACGCCUCAAACCUGCCCAAAUACCUCCAGCCUUCCUCUAGCGGCAAGACAUCAUGGGCUCUGAUCACGGGCGCAAGCGACGGUAUCGGCCUCGCCCUCUCAGACCAACUAGCAACGGCAGGCUUCAACGUCCUCCUCCACGGUCGUAACGAGGCUAAACUGACCCGCAUACAAUCAGAACUCGCCAGAGCCCAUCCAAAGCGCGAGUUCCGCACCAUCGCAGUCGACGCGAGUGCGUUCACAACCGCAGACAUCAACCGCAUCGCCGCGGCUGUCGCAGAGCUUCCACUCACGGUCCUCAUCAACAACGUCGGUGGUACCGCACCCUUGUCGAGCAACUUCAAGCACUUUGAAUGCAUGACGCCGACGGAAAUCCAAGCACUGUAUUCUCUUAACGUGCAAUUCCCUUUACAGCUCACAUGCGCCCUCCUCCCCCAACUGACUGCCAACAAGCAGCAGCCUACACUCAUCCUCACCUGCGGUUCCGGCAGCCAAAUAGGCCAGCCGUUCAUAGCAGCCUACUCAGGCUGCAAAGCCGCCCUCCACGCCUGGAACCGCGCGUUGCACGCGGAGCAAGCUACCGCAGGUUCCGCCGUAGAGGUACUCGAGGUCGUGGUGGGCCCGACGUACACGCAGCAGUUGCAAAAGGAGGCCUCGAUUAAGCCCGGUUUGACGAUGCCGACGGCGGAGGUGAUGGCGAGGGCGAUCCUGGCGAGGGUGGGACAUGGGCAUCGGAGUGUGACUCCGUACUUUUGGCAUGCGCUGCAGGGGGCGCUGCUUUAUGGGCUGUUGCCGGCGGGGGUGGUGGAUUGGGUUGUUGCAAGGGUGUUGUUGCCGAGUGUGGAGGUGAAGAAGGAAUAG